AUUAGUAAACACUGGUAAACACGCGUUCACACGAUUGGAACAAUUUUUAUUUAUUAAUUUGUAUACUGGAUAAUUAAAAAGAAGCUACUAUGGCGGAAUUCGUGGAAAAACGAUGUGAGGAUAUGAUCCCUGAAUUAGAACACAUGGAAAGCAUCAAACUAUUUGACAAAAAUGAAAUUCGGGGGAUUGCGAAAAAACUUAAGGAGAAUGAAUAUAAACUUCAACGGCAUACAAAAACCAAAGAGGACUAUUUGCGAUAUAUACAGUACUUAAUGGAUCUCCUUAAAUUGAUCAAGCAACGUAGAGAUAAAUUUGGUAUUAACCAAAAGAAGUCAAAUAUUGAUCACAUCAUUACAAACAAAAUGAAUAAUUUGUACAAAGAAGCUAUAUUUAAAUUCCAAGAUGACAUACGUUUUUGGAUUGCUUAUAUAAAAUUUUGUAAGCAUGUUCAUUUUCAAAGUAGUGUUAGUCACAUGUUAGGUAGAAUGUUGCAAGUUCAUCAGGAUAAACCAAAAUGUUGGCACAUUGCGGCUCGUUGGGAAUUAGAAGAAAAUAAAAAUAAGCAGACUGCUCGUCAAUUUUUGCUUAGAGGAUUACAUAUACAUCCAACUUCUCAGUUAUUAUUUACUGAUGCUUACAGAUUAGAAUUAGAUGAGGCAUCAUCUAAUAAUGAAAAGAAUGAAACCAGUAGUGACCCUGUGGUACCAGCAGAAGAUAAUAUGACUAUUGGACUAAAGAGAGCUUAUAUCAUAUAUCAGCAAGCAUCAAAAUGUAUCAAAGAUAUUAUAUUCAUAGUAGAGUUACUUAAUAUUGCAAAAGAACACAAUAACACAGAAAAAUUACAAAAUAAAAUUGUUAGUGAUAUGAUACAGGAAUAUGCCCAUGAACCCCUAAUGUGGGACACAAUGGCAAGACGAGAGUUGGAAGGGCUUGUUCAACCUUCUCUCAGUGACACAAGUAUGGAAAUUGAUAGUUCAGAACAGACCUCCUUGAGAGACCGUAUAACGUCCUGUAAUAAAGUAUACCAAACAGCACUUAAGAAAAUUAAAACAGAAGAAAUGUGGACAUUUUAUAUAGAAUGUUUGAUAGAAAUUAAUCAGAAAGCUGGAUCAUUGCCAAACUUCAAAAGAAAGUUAUUAAAAACUGCAUUUGCCCAAGCACACCAAGCAAAGAAGUUGAAAGAAAAAUAUUAUUUACAUUGGGUUAACAUGUUAAAUGUUGAACAAAAAAAUGAAACCACUGACAAGAAAAUAAGAGAGAUCCUAUGUAUGGCUACAGAAGCUAUACCAAGUAGUGUAAGUUUAUGGCAUGCCAGAUUGAGAUACUUGUUAAUCUCAGGACAAGAAGAAGAAGCUGAAACUGUUUUUUCAAAGGUAACUCAGGUUCUUGGAGAAAAAUCAUUACCUUUGUGGAAAAUGAAAAUAUUACAUGUACAAGCAAAAAGUCCUGAAAAAACAGAAGAAAUAUUUCAAGCAGCCUUACAGGGUCAUCCAAAUAUAGCUCAAGAAAUAAAACCAACUUAUAUUGAAUGGCUGGUUUUAACAAAAAGUAUACAAGCAGCACGGAAGGUUUAUAACAAUCUCUGUUUGCAACCACCAUUCUCCAUUGAAUUCCAUAGAAAGAUGACAGAACUGGAACUUAUGCAACCUGAGCUAUCACUAAAAUACAUUAGAAAAUGCCAGGAAAUGUCAACGUUACAAUUUGGGAAAACUAGCACAAGUAUCUGGAUAGAUUACAUCAAGUUUGAAAUGAAACAUGGUGAUCCGAAGAAAGUUGGAGAUCUACACAGAAGAGCAGUGAAAACAUUGGAACCAGGAUUGACAGAUUCUUUUAUAUCAGAGUACAGUUUAAUUAAGGCGAAUCCAGAUUCCUUGAAUAUCGAUACGUAA